AUGGCUGGAAACGUCUUGGUCAUCUCCAACAGAUUGCCUGUCACCAUUAAGCGAAACCCUGAUGGCACCUACGACUACUCAAUGUCCUCUGGUGGGUUGGUCACUGCAUUGCAAGGACUCAAGAAAACAACCAGCUUUCAAUGGUUUGGCUGGCCAGGCUUGGAGAUCCCCGAAAAUGAACAGAAGCAGGUUCGCCAGGACUUGAUUGACAAGUUCAAUUGCAUUCCCAUUUUCCUAACUGACGAAAUUGCUGAUUUGCACUACAACGGCUUCUCCAACUCAAUUCUAUGGCCUUUGUUCCACUACCAUCCAGGUGAAAUCAACUUUGAUGAGAAUGCCUGGAUUGCCUACAACCAAGCAAACCGUCUUUUUGCCCACGAAAUCUCCUCAAUCAUCAAGGACAACGACAUGGUCUGGAUCCACGACUACCAUCUCAUGUUGCUCCCGGAAUUGUUGCGCUCCAAAAUAGAAGAAAAGAAGAUCAAACACACAAAGCUAGGCUUCUUCCUCCACACUCCAUUUCCCUCCUCUGAAAUCUACAGAAUCUUGCCUGUUCGAAAGGAAAUCCUCAAUGGUGUCUUGGGCUGCGACUUGAUUGGCUUUCACACCUACGACUACGCCAGACAUUUUAUCUCCUCUGUAUCCAAAAUCCUCAAUCUCAACACCCUUCCCAACGCGAUCAACUACAACAAUAGGCAAUUGAGCAUUGGCGUCUUUCCCAUAGGCAUCGACGUCGACAAGUUUAUCGACGGUUUGACUCUCACUUCUGUCAAACAAAGAAUCCACGACUUGAGAUCAAAAAUCGGCAGCGACGUCAAAAUCAUCCUAGGUGUCGACAGAUUGGACUACAUUAAAGGUGUUCCCCAAAAAUUACAUGCCUUUGAAGUCUUUCUCAAUGAACAUCCAGAGUGGAUAGGCAAAGUCAUCCUCAUCCAACUAGCCAUUCCCUCCAGAGGCGACGUCGAAGAAUACCAAUCCCUCAGAUCUGUCGUCAACGAGCUCGUUGGCAGAAUCAAUGGAAAAUUCGGCACCAUCGACUUUGUUCCCAUCCACUUUAUGCACAAGUCCAUUCCCUUCAACGAACUAAUAGCUCUCUACAACAUCUCAGACGUCUGUCUCGUCAGCUCCACCAGAGAUGGUAUGAACCUCGUCUCCUACGAAUACAUUGCCUGCCAACAAGACAACAAGGGUGUCCUCAUCCUCUCAGAGUUUGCUGGUGCUGCCCAGUCCCUCAAUGGCUCCAUCAUCGUCAACCCAUGGAACAUCGAAGACCUCUCCAACUCAAUCCACGACUCUCUCACUCUCCCCUACGAAAAAAGAAAAAACAUGCACCAAAAACUAUUCACCUACAUCUCCAAAUACACAAGUGCCUACUGGGGUGAAAGCUUUGUCAAGGAAUUGUUCAAAAUCAGCAAAAAAGACCAAAGCGUCUCUAACUACAACUCCCUCCACAAUUCCUUGGAUAACUCCAUCGACAACUUGAAGAUCAAACCCUCUUCUCUCGCUUCAAAUAAAAGAGCUGUUGCUUUAGAAUUAUAG